UCCGCCAUGAAACACCUCCUGGCCACCAUCCGCCGGCGCCACUGCCGCCACGCUGCACCCUUCCUCCAACUGGCCUACUACCAAUCCCUGAAGCCCCAGUCACCCUCAGAACCUGCCACUUCCCUUACUAAAAGCUCCUGGUCAAUUCAUGAGAAUCCAAUGCCUAUCCAGGAUGUAAACGGCCUCCAAAUUGCCGAACAAGCUGAUAGAAUCUGCCAAAUAUUGUCCAACCAUAAUGGCUCAGGAAAUGUUGACUCUGCUGUGAAAUCUGCUUCAGUUGAAAUAAAGAUCACUCAAUUGUUGGUGCAAGAAGUUUUGAAGAAGCUGAGCAACGCUGGUUUGUUGGCUUUAUCUUUUUUUAGGUGGGCCGAGAAGCAAAAAGGAAUCAAGCACACCUCAGCGAGUUACAAUACUUUAAUUGAAUCCCUGGGAAAAGUCAAACAGUUUAAAAUGGUAUGGAAACUAGUUGAGGAAAUGAGGCAACAAGGCAUGCUGUCAAAAGACUCUUUUGCCCUAAUUUCACGCCGCUAUGCCCGAGCUCGGAAAGUUAAAGAGGCCAUUGAUGCAUUUGAGAGUAUGGAAAAAUUUGGGCUGAGGCCAGAAUUACAAGACUAUAACAGAUUGAUUGAUACUUUAUGCAAGUCCAGGCAUCCGGAGAAGGCACAGCAGGUGUUUGACGAAUGGAAGAAUAAAAGGUUUAAGCCUGAUAUUAAGUCAUAUACCAUAUUGUUGGAAGGGUGGGGCCAAGAGCAGAAUUUGUUGAGAUUAAAUGAAGUUUGUCGUGAAAUGAGAGAUGAUGGUUUUGCACCAGAUGUUGUAAGUUAUGGUAUUAUGAUCCAUGCUUAUUGCAAGGCUAAAAACUAUCAUGAAGCAGUUGAAAAGUAUCAUGAAAUGGAGAGGAAGGGCAUUAAAGCAACUCCUCAUAUAUACUGUACUUUGAUCAAUGCUUUGGGAUCAGAGAAAAGGUUGAGUGAGGCCCUCAAGUUUUUUGAACUGGCCAAGACUGGUGGUCAUGCUCUUGAAGCACCCACGUACAAUGCAGUUGUGGGGGCAUAUUGUUGGUCAAUGCGAAUCCAUGAUGCUUACCGGAUUGUUGAUGAGAUGAGGAUAUGUGGUGUUGGUCCUAAUUCUCGAACUUAUGAUAUAAUACUUCAUCAUCUUAUUAAGGCUCAUAGAACACAAGAAGCAUAUGCUGUUUUCCAGAAAAUGAAUGAUGAACCAGGAUGCGAGCCAACUAUUAGCACAUAUGAGAUUAUGGUGCGAAUGUUCUGCAAUGAGGAGCGGACAGAUAUGGCUUUGAGGGUGUGGAAUCAGAUGAAGGCUAAGGGAUUCCUUCCUGGGAUGCAUAUGUUCUCAUCAUUGAUUAACAGUUUGUCCCAUGAGAAUAAAUUGGAAGAUGCCUGCAGAUAUUUUCAGCAGAUGUUAGAUAUGGGAAUUAGACCUCCAACUCCAAUGUUUAAGAACUUAAAGCAAGCUCUUCUUGAUGAGGGGAAGGAAGAUACAGUGCUGACAUUGGCAAAAAAACUUGAGAAACUAAGGGUUACGCAAAUAGUCGGUUAAUGACAAGAGAUAUUGAGCUUUGUCUUUUGUUCUGGUGUAUUUAGAAUACUUUAAUCUGCCCAUGUUAAUACAAAUUGGAAAUUCUUUUCUUGAUUCCAUUAGAGGUUCUUGCUAUGCACACGGUGGAUGAAAGUUCAAUCCUAUGACAUUAAUUUACUGUUUUGAAAUAGUUGAAGCCCAACGGUACACAAGUUGCAUAAUUA